AGGUAAAAACAGCGUAAAUUAUGCCACGUGAGAGKAGCUGAAGUCGAUUAUUUCUUGGAACGGAGUACCGUUAGUGAAUAUUGUGGCUAAMUUCAAACCGAAAAACAGUUAUAUAUAUCCCUCUAUAUAUAUAUAUAUAAAUAACAACAAGUCGCAGGCCAACGCCUUAAUAUUAUAACAGUAAAAUAAAGAUAUUUGUCAACGCGAAAAGCGAUUUUCAUAGAAUAGCGAUUUGUUGCAGUCAUGCUGAAUCCCAAUCACACGGGCGCAACGCGACGACCUUUCUCGCGGAAUGCGCCAUCACGCAAUCAUCGCUGCCGGCUGCUCUUCUCCCCGCACAAUCAAUCGUCGCAUCACUUAUUGCAACAGCAGCAGCAGCAGCAGCAGCAGCAGCAGUUACAAACACAUGCACACACACAUGCGCACGGGCAAGCUCGUAGCGGCGGAAAUGGCAACGGCAACGCCGCCAGCAGCAGCAGUACUAGUUCCUCGACCGGACAUGGUGGACCGUGGUACAAUAAUAAUAACAAGGAUGGCAAUAUUGACAACUGGAAUACACUCGGCGAUGCUCAAACAAGUAAUAAUAAGAGUGGAAGUUGUCCUAAUAAUUGCCAAGGAAAUUACUGUAAUCACCACAACCACCACCACCAACACAAAAACCACCAUCUCCAUCUCAGUCAGAAACUUCACAACCAUAAUAACCAUAAUAUUAACAACGAGCAUAGCUCUCACCAAUCUUGUCAUAAUCAGCUUAGUCAUAGCCAUAUUAGUAGCAAUUCGAAAAGUUGUUCUAGUCAUCAUCAUCACUAUAAACACAAUAGUACAAAUGAAAUCCACCAAAAUUWUCGUACAACAAACAAUCACUGUCAAUAUCAAGUGCAAGUUCCUAAAACCCAACAGUCUAGCUACAAUGCCAUUUCCUCUAGCUCUAUAAUUGUUACCGCACCGAACUCUAGUUCUACAUCUGCUUCCAACUCGGACCCAGCAUUUGUCACUACAACACCGGCAUUAUGUUCGCCAGUUGCCGCCAACUCCACCACCAACAAUUUGCUGCACUACCCCAAUCAUAAUCCCAAGCCACCSCCCUAUACCCGAUUUAGCGAACUUUUGAAUAAUAUUGCGAUAUCAACACGCUCGUCCUCAACAAUUUUUGAAGCUACACCGUUGACUUGUAAUAUAAAUGAUUACACAAAGCUAUCAAAUAUGACAUCACACAGCCCUCUAACACCGCUCCAGUUUUCCCAACCAUAUAGCGCAACAACAGCUACUCCUACCGUUUCCAUAACCAAUUCCCCUGCUUCAAARAAUAAUUGUCAAGAACUGCAUUCCAAUUCUAAAAAUAUGAAAAUUUCAAAUACAAAACCGAACACACACAUACAACCGCAACAAAGUCAAAGUCAUAGACAUAUACAUCGAAACCGUACACCACUGUCACUGAAUCAUGUUGAUCAUGGUCAUAGUCAUUACUCAAGUACAGUUGCAUUACAUACAUUGAAUAGUAAUUGUGAGAAUGUUAGUAGCAAUCAUCAUCAACAUCAUCGUGAACAUAAUCAAAGUAAAAAUCAUUAUCACAAGUCGUGCAAAAUCCCGAUACACCAACAUCACCACCACAACCAAAAUAUACCGACUAACCACCAAUCCCAAGUCCCGCUAACAAAUACAAAUCUAAUUGCCACAAACACUACAAAGUCUACAACAACAACUGAAAAUAGUAAUUGUACUGAUGAUGUGAAUGUAACUUCUUGUACUGACAUAAUUUCUCAACCUGAAUCAACAACAACGUAUCCACCAAUAACUGCAACRCGCCAACAAAUGAUGCCACAACAUSUCAAUAACAAACAACAACAAAAACACUGGCGACAACCACAACGCCAACACCAACAACAACAACAACAAAAUUUACCUUUAAAAACGGCAACAUCGUCAACAAUGGCCACAAUGGCUACAACAACGGCAACAACAACAACCACAUCGGUCUCAUUUUCACCACGACAAUCUCUACCAUGUCCACCAUCACGGCAUCAAUGCGCGGCGAGUACAUCUUUAAUGUCUACCCGUUGUUUGACGWCAACCACAACAACAACAACAACGCCACCAACUACAAUUCCAUCUAAACGUUUAAUAUUUAAUGAAAAAUAUAAAAAUCGCAAAAAUAAAAAAAUAAUCGUGUUAAAAACGAAUGUACCUGCUGUCACAAUGACGACAACAACACCAAACGCCACUACGAUCUCACCAACAACGACCAUGUCAACAAUAACGGUAACUGCAACACAUUCCACGUUAAYUUCGACACCGUCGUCACUCAUACAAAAACCACGCAACUCCGAUUUCAUACGAAACCCGCCCAUUUCCGAUUUCAUUUCCACGCUUUCUAAUUGUACUCCUUCCACCUGCAAAUCGAYGCGCACUUCCUCUCUUCUGCCUAUUUUCUCCAACGAUCCCUCUUCUACAACAACAACGGCGUUGUCUGCGAUCUCCUUGGAAACGCCGUACGCUGUUGACUUUGAAUCUUCCAAUGCCAUGUCGUCGGCGUCUGUUAACAAAAUAAUUGCAUAUAAYGGCAACAAUAACAAAAACAACAAUAAUAUUUAUAAACACAAUGAAAAUGAACCGAACGUUAAUAAUGAAACCUAUUCAAAAUGCUCAAACGAUCACGAUGUGUCUUGUGUUGAUCAUAAUGGUGGCAACAGUAGCAGCAGCAACAACAACAACAUUAGCAGCAGCAACAACAACUAUCACCAGCAAUUCAGCAAUAUGAGUAUGGGUCAGCAAGCGCAUUUGCGGCAUAUGCGCUUUAGCAAUAAUGGGCGUGGCAUGGAUAGUGGUAGUAAUCAUGGUGAAUUUAAUAUGAAUGGCAACAACAGUUAUCGGCGUGGCGGUGGAAACCUAAGUAACAAUAAUAGUGGGAAUAUUAACGCGAUGAGUCAUCGUCACAAUAAUGAGUAUUAUGGCAACAAUCAUCACAACUAUCAACACCAUCAGUAUAAUGAGCAUAGUCGGCGACACAAUAACAUUAACAACAACAACAAUAGCAAUAGCAGUAAUGCAUCUAACUCAGGAUUAUUUGAUAGAAAUCAUAAUAAUAGCAAUAAUAACAAUAACAAUAACAAUGUCAAUGUCAAUCUGCAUGGGAAUAGCGGCAGCGGCAACAACAGUGUGCAUUUUGAUGGCCCUAAUAGCAACAAUCAUUCCCGAAGUGCUGACUUUCACGCUGACAACCGCACCGAACGUGGUAGCUUAGCCGACGUUAGUAGUGGUAAUGGUCCUGGCGGUCAGUUUGGCUACACCACGGGCAGAAAUARUAAUAAUUAUGGACGGAAUGGACACCAAAAUACCGGUUCUGGUAAUUACAGUUACCAUCACUACCAUCACUACGGCAAUAAUGGGCCAUCAACAUCAGCAUUAGCAGGCGUUGGCGGCAAUGUCUCCAACCUUUUAGAUGGACCAAGUGGUUCUAGUGGCAUUAUGGGUUCCACUUCGUCACUAAGCAGUGGCGCUCAUGGGCUGAAAUCGGACAGUCCAUCGCGCAAGAGACGGCGCAUAUCCGGACGCAUGCCUAGCCAGUCACCACCAGCUAUAUGGGAGCAACGACGCUCGCCACGAAAUCAAGUGCAACAGGGUAGUCCUCCGAUACGCCGUCCCCGUCUGCAUGACACUGGGUCAUCUCAUCAUAAUCGCAGCCAUCAUGGCAGUAACAAUAGUAUUUCUGGCAAUAGUAUCAACAAUAGUAAUGCCAACAACAUUAGUGGAAAUCAUUUGCAAAACUAUCACCAGCCGCAACAUUCAAUACAACCCACGCCAUAUUACCUCCGACAGCACAUGCCACCACCACCCGCUCUACAACAACAACAACAGCAACAGCAGCAACAACCAGCACCAGUACCCCCAACGCUACACCAAACACAAUCUUUAACACAAGCACAGCCACAAAUUCAACAGCGUUCACCAUGGGACCACUCACUAUCUGCUGCUGCAGUCCUACCAAGCGCGAAUGCAGCACCUGCRGCCGUGAACGCUUAUAUGCAGCAAACUCCACCUCCACCACAAUCGCCUGGCCAUCAUCAUCAAACAUCGUUGGUGGGCGCUCCACCGCCACCACCACCGUUGAUGCUGGACAUCAAUCAGGUGCCUGUCAGUCUCCCCUUGCGCCAUGCCGAACCUAUUUGGGCCUCAAUCUGCACUUAUCCAGCACCACCGCCUCAAGCUAGAAUAGCACCAUGUCAUCUGCAUGGUAUUUACACACAACCGUUCACAGCUCAAGCAUGCAAUACACAUCCCAGUGCUCAAUUCACACAAGGCCCACCUGGAUUUGCUGCAACCACCGGCGCUCCAAUACAAAUGCCUCAGCCGCAACAGGUGCAGGUUAGUGCAGCUGCUGCUGCACAGCAACAACACACGCAACAAGCUGCCGCCCUUAUGGCAGCCGCUUCUGUCGCCGCCGCUAACUAUCAACAUGCUCAAUUUACCCAACAACAACGUACUGAGGCAGCAGCAGUGGCAGCCGCUGCAGUAGCGGGUCUUUCGCUUGAACAAGCCGGCGUCCAUCAUUUGGAAGCACAUCAAGGACAUCAAGCCGCUAUAUCCACGCCUCCGGCACAUCACAAUCAAUUGCAAGCCACACCAAUUCAUAUAACCUCCAUGUCAGCAGUUGCGGCUGCAGCAGCACAUCACCUGCGUACGACUGCGUCAGCAGCGGUACAAAUGUCGGCGGCACCACAGCCGAUUUUGCUCUCRGCAGAGAGACGUGUUUUUCCACCACAUCGUCGUAUUACCCGUUUCUGGCCCUCAAAUCAUGCGCAUGGACCACACCGGCAUAUGCUUUCACCACAGACUUUGGGCCCACACCAAGCGACUCCUGUACAAAUUCAGACAACAACUGGCAUCAUAAAUCCAGGCUUCUUACUUAAUUUCCUUGCCAUGUUCCCGCUCUCCCCUUAUAAUCAACAUGAACUGAACUCACCAGAUUCCAACGAGACAGAAAACUACGAAGCUUUGUUAAGUUUGGCAGAGCGCUUGGGUGAGGCUAAGCCUCGUGGGUUGGCGCGAAAUGAAAUCGAYCAAUUGCCGAACUAUAAGUAUAAUCCAGAUACACACAGUGGUGAUCAAACGUCUUGCGUUGUUUGCAUGUGUGACUUUGAGUUGAGGCAAGUGCUCCGUGUGCUACCUUGUUCACACGAAUUCCAUGCAAAAUGUGUGGACAAAUGGCUAAGGUCAAAUCGAACCUGCCCGAUUUGUCGGGGUAAUGCUUCCGACUACUUCGAGAAUUCAGAACAACAGCAACAGCAGCCGCAACCACAGACUCAACAAACUCAGUCUCAAAUCCAAACACAACCUUCAACGCAACAACAAACUCAAUCACCAACAAGUACAACGCAAGCUGCGUCCGGGCAACAGCAGACACAAGCAACACAAGCACAUUAAAUGUAACGAAAUAAUGUGUAUGGGAAGGAAUAAUAGAAUAUGCAAAAUAAAAAUACAUAUGUACCAAAUAUUGUAAUGUAACGGUAAAUGAUUUUACUAKAAACCUAAAAUCAUACAAGUCAGGCACUCUUCUAACGUCCACGUCCAAUAGAUGUAUUUGUACUUCUUUGUGUUUCCAAUGAAACCACCUUUAAGCUAGAAAUUUAUUACAAUCUAAGUGAAAAAUAUAAGAUAACUAAAAGUAGCGACAUACACACGCCAUUCAAAUUGAUAACUCCUAAAGGCACAUACAUACACAUAUGUUAUUAAUAAAUUGUUAUUCAGAUUAACAAGUGUAAGAAAAUCRCACACACAAAAGCAAGUUUUGAACUAAAUGCAAUAAGAUAAGUUGAUUAAUAUAUAUUCUAUAUAAUGGAAUGCAACUAGACAUUUACAUACAUACGUACAUAGAUAUAUUACAUAUUUCUUCGGGCAUUGGCUGUAUUGCUAAUUGUUUUUUUUUUUUUUGUAUAUAAAACACAUUUCUCUAGUAUUUGAGUUGUGUAGUUGUACAUGUCUGUUGGUGUAAUAACUUUCGUAAACGAUUUGUAAACAUCUACUUGUGGCUAAUUAUAUGGCAAAGAAAAUAAAUAAAACAAAAUUCAAUUUCUAUGGCGAAUUGUUGCUUUAUUUGCGCAGAAGUUAUGCUGAAGUAGUAGACUAAUAAGCAAAAAACUUAGCACUUUUCGAACGAAUUUACUUAAUAACUUUUUUAUGAACAACUAACUUCCCAAAAACAAUUGCAAAASACGUGAUACAUUUGUGACGAAAUCAAAUUUGGAGCAGCAACCUUUUUUCGGUUUACUCACAACUAAUAAUUUCACAAAAAUGCAUAUACAAUUCGUGCUUGCAAUACUAGUAUAGCUUUACAAUAUUUGAUAAUAAAAACCAACUGUGGUUUUAUAUGUGUGUGUGKCUAAGUAAUGCUGUUAGAUUUAAGUUAAACACAAGCGCAGUGUAAUGAUUUUUCAUAAACAGACACACCAACCAGCUCCAGGUCCUUUAGUCGUAUAUAACAAACAUACAUACAUAUGUAUGUAUAUGCACCAAUUGUAGACCGUACUAUUUUUUAUACGUCUAUCUAUGUUUAAAAAAUUUAAAAAAAAAGUGUUAAUUGCCUUCAAACUACAACGAAUAUGUAACGUUUUCACGUAGCUAUUUAAUUAUAAAAUAUCGACCAAAAACAAA